CCUGAAAAUCUUCUUGAAGCCUGGGUAGCGGUGCCCGACGAGGGAUAGUCUGUAUAACCCUGUCGAAUCACGUCUCGGCAUUUCCAUCUUUUCGACAGCCAAUAACUGACGUCUAUCUCCAUCUUUCCGGAGCGGUCCAAUCUCGGCUCGUUAUCUCCAUUUUUUAGACAGCAAAUCGCUGAGGUCUAUCUCCAUCUUUCCGGAGCGGUCCAAUCUCGGCUCGUUAUUUCCAUUUUUUCGACGGCAAAUCGCUGAGGUCUAUCUCCAUCUUUCGCCGCUGUUGAGCUACGUCACAUGUUUUCGUCGGCCAAUCGGCGUGUCCGCUCUCCAUCUUCUGACAGCCAAUCACCGUGGCCCCGCUACGGGAGUCACAGAAGCGCUCGAAAUUCGAAGUUGUCGAUUACCUCUUCGAAUCCGGACGACACGACACUCGAAUAUCAUCGAAAGAUGGCUUCAAAAGACAAAAAGCACAGGGCUAUGGGUGAUGAGGAGUGGAUGUCACGCCUGCGACGGUUCGCUGCUGUUGGGGUCUGGCCCUCUGAUGCAGGAAACAGGCCGGCGCCACGUCAGAAAAAGUGGCAUGAUCUGUAUCUGAAGAUUGAGAAAUGCCCGAUGCAGCGGAGGGGACAAAUGUCUCUGUUUGGAGGGACACAGACAUGCAGCUGUGGCUUCCAUACAAAGAAGCCCUCCAGCUCGGUACCUGCCUCUCCCUCAGCGACACCACAACCAAGACUCUCAACGCCACCAGUGUCAGGAUCCUCCUCUUCAACACCUGGUCUGACAGUGCGUAAGCCCGCUUUGACUUUGGCAUCGUUUACGAAACCGCGGUUCGGUGGGUCUCACGGGGCCAAUUUAACGCCAAACCUCGAUUUGGCUAGGAAGCAUGUGAACAAGGUAAUGUAAGGAGAGUGACAGCUUAUGACACAGUGAACAAGGUCUCCUGUGGAGCUCAGCAAAGCAGGAGGCAUGACGAUCCUGGUUCCAUCCCUUAAGGCCUUCCAGAAGGUACAGCUGGAAAUUCAGGCCGUUGGCACUCGUUCCUUAAGACAGAAGCAGUAUGAGAAAUAACUAUAUGAUGUUUUUUGUCACUGUUUACAACAUAAUAAUAAUAAAUUAUAUUUGUUUCAUACUAACCUGGAAUGAACCUGUUGAGAUGCAGGUGGAAGGACUCGAGCGAUGUGGACCCUCUAGCA